CGAGUGCUGCUGCCGCUGCUGCUCGAGGCGCCGCGUUCUAUGCCACCAGUCUUGCUCGGGAGCGAGCGCAGCGGUUUCAAGCGGUCUGUCCGCCUACCUCGACUCGGUCGUCGUGUGGACUAGUGCGACGAGAUCAGUGCGGACGAGAGAGAGAGAGAGAGAGGGAGAGCGCGAGCUGAGCGUGAGCAAAGAGUGCGCGGGAGCCGCAGUGUGGCGGCUCUGAAAGGAUCGUGCGCCGGGGCGAGGCGGACGUCCUCGGCUGGGCGCUCGCCCGCCGCCGCCGUCGCCGCAACAACACCAGCAGCGCCAGUCAAGACGGCCGCGAGCAAGCAGCAGCACUGACGAAAGCGCUCGAGUCUGCGUAGGCAGCAGACCUGCAGCACCGAGACUAGCGGCCCCAGCACUGCCAACUGCCUCAUCGCCAUGGCGGACGACGAGGUUCUCUUCGACGAUGUUUACGAGCUCUGCGAGAUCAUCGGGAAGGGUCCAUUCAGCGUGGUGCGAAAAUGCAUCCACAGGCAGACCGGCCAGACGUUCGCCGUAAAAAUUGUCGACGUGGCGAAAUUCACCUCGAGCCCAGGGCUCAGCACAGCGGAUUUGAAACGCGAAGCUACAAUAUGUCACAUGUUGAAACAUCCGCACAUUGUGGAAUUGCUGGAAACCUACAGUUCCGAGGGAAUGCUGUACAUGGUUUUCGAAUAUAUGGAUGGAUCGGAUUUGUGCUUCGAGGUUGUGAGACGAGCCACUGCUGGAUUUGUAUACAGUGAAGCUGUAGCUAGUCACUACAUGCGGCAAAUCUUGGAAGCCCUGCGCUACUGUCACGAAAAUGACAUAAUCCAUCGAGACCUGAAGCCGCAGUGCGCCCUCCUCGCUGGCAAGGAGAAUUCAGCUCCUGUAAAACUGCGAGGAUUCGGUGUGGCCGUUCAACUACCCUCCUCGCAGACCAAUGGCGUCGAAUGUUACACAACCGAGUAUCGGCCGUAUCUGAGCCCAAAGGGGCAGGUCUACUUGAAGGUCGACAACGAGGGAUUGCCAUCACCAAGCUGCAGCUUUCCUUUCGAGGACCUCACUGAUGCGGAGGACUCGCUUAUGAGCGACAGCGAAGACUAUAUCGGCCGCAUCGGAUGUCCGCACUUUAUGGCUCCGGAAGUGAUACUGCGCAGACAAUACGGAAAGCCGGGAGACGUCUGGUCGGCUGGUGUGCUGCUUCACGUCCUUCUUACCGGCACGCUUCCGUUCGUCGGUUCACGGGAGCGGCUUCGAGAGUCAAUUUGCCGAGGAAGAGUUCAGAUGGAGACGUCGCUGUGGGACCCGAUUAGCGAGACGGCGAAGGACCUCAUUCAGCGCAUGCUGACCACGGACGUGAAUCACAGGAUCACCAUUCAGGAAGUGCUGAACCACAAGUGGCUUCGAGACCGCGACAAGGGCGUUGCCAGGAUACACUUGGGCGAGACAAUCGAGGAAUUGAAAAAAUUUAACGCCAGGCGAAAAUUGAAGGCCGCCGUGAAAGCGGCGGUUUCCUCGCCCAAAUGGCACAUUCCAUAUUCCGAGGCGAACGGCGAUAGUUACUACGAGGUGGGCGACGAAGAGGUCAUGACCACGGGGGCUGUCGCUGAAAUUUUAGACUCGUUAGAUGACAUUGAGGUGCUCCAGGAAAGUGGCAGACUAAGUAGAUCGGAAAUUCUUGCGGCGGUAGAUGAUAAACGACUCCGAGCAUUAUUAGAGAUUUACGACAGGAUUGCGACGCGCAUCCCCUCGCCGUGCCGGGCGCCACAGACAGACGCAGUCCAGAGAGCCCACGAAGUCGAGGAGCUGCUCAGAGGAGCCGAGAGGUCAUCCUCGAGAAACAUCGAUCGCAGCGAUCUUCGAGAGCUUCAAGAACUACUUAUCCAGCCUCAUUUCAAGGCUCUACUUCAAGCACAAGAUGUUACGGGUCAAGAAGUGUAUGGAGAAGAUGCAAAAAGAGCAACGCCUCCUCCUAUCUUUCCAUUCCUCAAUGGAGGCGACGAUCUUGAGGGUCAGAAUGGUGACCUUGAACUCGAGAACGUCACGAGAGUUAGGCUUGUCCAGUUUCAGAAGAAUACGGAUGAACCCAUGGGGAUAACACUCAAAAUGAACGAAGACGGUAAAUGUAUUGUCGCUAGAAUAAUGCACGGGGGAAUGAUCCAUAGACAAGCUACUUUGCACGUCGGUGAUGAAAUUAGAGAAAUCAACGGAAUUGCAGUCGCUAAUCAGUCUGUGAAUGCCUUACAAAAGAUUCUUCGAGAAGCUCGGGGAUCAGUAACAUUCAAGAUAGUACCAUCUUAUAGGAGCGCACCACCUCCCUGCGAGGUACAAUUGUUCAGGAUUAGGCCUCUGCCAGUGUUAAUUUUCGUCCGCGCGCAAUUUGACUACGAUCCUUUGGAGGACGAACUAAUACCCUGUGCACAGGCUGGAAUUUCUUUUAAAAUUGGCGAUAUUUUGCAAAUUAUAAGUAAAGACGAUCAUCACUGGUGGCAAGCGAGGAAGGAUCAGGCUGGUGGAUCUGCGGGCCUGAUACCGUCUCCCGAGCUGCAAGAGUGGCGAAUCGCCUGCAUGGCGAUGGAAAAAAAUAAACAGGAACAAGACGCUGAAGGAGAGGGAGGCUGUUCGUCUCACACUGAAGGAUGUGACGGCUCGACAGUUAAUUGCUCCAUUUUCGGUCGCAAAAAGAAGCAGUACAAGGAUAAAUAUCUCGCCAAACAUAAUGCGGUGUUCGACCAACUCGAUCUGGUUACAUACGAAGAAGUCGUGAAACUUCCAUAUUCUGCCUUUCAACGUAAAACUUUGGUGCUACUUGGAGCACACGGUGUCGGGCGAAGGCACAUAAAAAAUACGAUCAUCGCCAAACAUCCCGACAAAUAUGCGUAUCCUAUUCCACAUACAACGAGACCUCCGCGUAACGACGAAGAAAACGGAAGAAAUUAUUACUUUGUAUCUCACGAGGAAAUGAUGGCGGACAUCGCUGCAAACGAGUAUCUUGAAUAUGGAACUCACGAAGACGCUAUGUACGGGACGAAGAUCGAAACGAUCAGGAAGAUCCUCGAAGAAGGCAGACUGGCUAUUCUGGAUAUAGAGCCGCAUUCCCUGAAGGUGCUUCGCACAGCUGAAUUCGCGCCUUACGUAGUCUUCAUAGCAGCUCCAGCUCUUCAAAAUCUUGCAGAUUACGACGGCAGCUUGGAACGUUUGGCCAAGGAGUCGGACAUGUUGAGGCAAGCGUACGGUCACUUCUUCGACCUAACAAUCGUUAAUAACGACAUCGACGAAACGAUCGCCCAGUUGGAAGAUGCUAUCGAACGGUUUCACACGACACCGCAAUGGGUUCCAGUCUCUUGGGUCUACUGACAGCGAACGUCCCCGACCCGCGCGGUCUACACGCCAGAUUGUAAUGGAUCAUCUAGGGGGAAAUAGUCAUUGAAACCAAUAACCAAUAAAUAAUCUAAAGAAAAACGAAAGUGAAGGCGGGGAGUUCUAUAAAUAUAUAUAAGGAAAGUGUCGAGGAGGCGAGUUAGUGAAUAACAUAAAAAAAAGAGCAAUUGACAUAAUACAGAUCUUAUAAUAUACUAGACCAAUCAGAUAUAAAUAUUAUUGCCGAAAACGACAAUGAUAAUGAACGAUUUGAGUGACUGUGGCUGCGUGUUCAUAAAUAAAUAAAAAAUAAAUAAUAUAGUUAUUAUAUACUCAACGAUCGAACACUCGGUGUGUCUGUGCAACGCCAAAAAUAACCUCGUCAUUUGCAUUUGCGAGUGUGCAAUUGCUGCGGGUCACCGAAGAAAAUUGCUCUCGAUAUAUGAAUGAAGGAAUUAGAAGGAUGUUCAAUUCUUCUGGAUCUUCUCCGCGUUUUCGUCGGAAAUCCCCUAAUAAUAACGUAUACAAUACACCGGAUCGAUUUUUUCGGAACACCGUUAGUCAAAGCUGUAUAUUUCUUCGCGCUUCGUAAGGAAAUAAUAAAAUAAAUAAAAACUUCUUCUAGUUAUAAAUAUAAAAAAAAAGAACGUACUCAUAUUUAGGUUGGAACGACGAUCCCACGAGUUCGUUGCUUCAAAAAAGAAAAAAUACAAAAAAAAGAAAAGAGCAAAUGAGUGUAUGUAUAGUAAAGAUGAAGGAUCAAAACGAAUUAUUAAAUUACGACUACUGUUUCGCGUUACGUCUUUUAAAUCUACUAUAUUUGUAACGCAUACUCCCUUACCGCAAAAGCUAAAAACCUUACCGCAAUAAAGUGACCGUUGUUUGUCGCAGUACGAAUUUGAAGAAACUAGACGACAACCGGCAGUACCCUAUAAUUUUAGAACUAUAGAAAUAUUACAUAUUUAGAUAAAAAUUUCGUAGCACUUCGAUACACAUUUACAAAUACACAACCAUUAAUACGCGAAGUUUGAAUUUCAUCAAAUUCUUGUAACAUUCAGCUGCUGAUCAAUGCCCUUUUUUAUUAUUCGUACUUAAACUUUGAGAUAUCUUCGAGCAUUUACUUAUACAUUUAAUACCAAGCAUUUAUUUAAUUGAGUUUUUUGUACUGAAUUCAUUACACAGGUUUAAAUUGCUUUUGUAGAUCGAAUUAUUUUUUUUAAUUCAACAUUGUUACGCUCUAUUUUGUACAGAGUGGAUACUAUUUAUGAGUAUUUAAGACUUUUUUAUCUUAGCCAAAUCUUUCUAUUUUAUAUUAAAUUCCAGAGAAUACUAAGUCAAUAGCAACCAAAAAUUUGUCUUGCGAUCCAAAAUAUUUGAAUGCGAGAUGUUAACGCACACUGACUGAUUGAUUUAAUUGAACAUGACUUGACAAUGAGCUCACGACAGAACUAGAGAACACAGAACUAUGUUUGAGAAGUUCAUCGAGUGCGAGGAUAAAAUUAUACGUAAACGUAUAUGACGAAAAUUUAAGAUACCGUUUAAGUAGACCUUUGUAAGGGUACGUGAAUAGUUAGAUAAUUCACAAAAUAUAUAAAUUAGAGCAAUUAUAAAUAUACGAUGGUAAAAUGCAAAGUUGGAAAGUGACUGAGACACAAGACGCGGAAAAAGAAAGGCGAACGACAUUGUUUACCCUUGACCGGCGUAACGAACUAUAGCUAUUACAAAUUUUCAUUCUUUAUUGGUUGACCGUCUCGAAAAAUAAAACACACUGAACAAUUAGAGACCUUUUAGUGAAUUCGAACCCUUCAUGGUAUGGGACUGAGUGAGACUGUAUAAGAUGUGCGGGCACAGUUAUAAGAAUUGAAAAACGAUUAACGAGACGUUGGGAUCACACGCACGGAAACUCUUUCUGGGUGUGGAAUGAUCGGAAAAACGAUUCUAUUAAUUCAAUGCAAAAUUAACAAUCAGGCACGCGCUUUCAUUGAAUUUUGAAAUUAUAUUGUUAUACUCUAUAUAGAUUUUGAAAUUCAGGCCCAAGCAUAAUAUGUUAAUUGUUAUUAUUAUAUACUACGCUAUAAUACUGUGUAAAUUUCUCGUUUCAAUGAAUCUUCAGCUACUUACCUAUGGCCCCAAGAAAAUAUCAACUAUUUCGACAUCUUAGUAAAGGAGUAUCUUGUAUAAGUACGGCAUCUUGCUAAACAGGAGAAUUAGGGGUGGAAAAAUCAGUGUUUUCGUAAAGGCAAACUUUUGGAUUGUGCGCGGUGCAAAAUAUCCGGACUUUUUAAAUCGUUGAACGAUUAAAGUUAUCGGAAAAAAGAGUGUGCGCGACACGAAGCCCGUCGGUACGUCAGAUCCGUAUGAAAGAGUAGUGUGAAUAGCGCCUUGUGCAUAAUAAUGAGAAUUCAUCAAUUGCUGAGUGAUUUUAUAAUAUUUUUCUUAUAAGUUAUAGCUGCCAUAUCCAAUGAUAAAAUAAAAUCAAUUAUAAGCGUGCGCAUUGAGUGCAAAUGCGAUCGAGUGUGUAAUGAAGUAACAAUGUACGAUGAUUAUGAUAGUGAAUGUGGCAGGAAAAAGGGUGACGUGUGAUUGAGAUGCGUGCGUAACGACACAUCCUUCGUUCUGUCGAAACUAUGCAUUUGUGAAACUGCAGAUUAAGGUAACAUGCAAAAUGGCGACGGGUCUAAAAAAACAAUAACGAUUCAUUAUGAUUAUGUGAUUAUAAAUGAGAGAAACAGACGAAGAGUAUUAUAAAGACGUUGUUAAUUGAAUUAAUAAAACUAGCCCAGAUUAAA